AUGGAAUCAAGAAAUUUUGGCGAAGUUACUUUCGCUGAUGUACUAUGUGGGAAAAAACAAGAUCAAGGUAUACAACAGUCAACUCCACCUUCUCCACCACAUAUUCUUCCUACUCAUCUUCAAGUUGACACUGAUAUGGAGUGUUGGAUUCAAAAAAGUACACUCAUAGGUGAAACAAUGUCAUUCUCUCAUUUAGGCCACCUCCCUGCUUUAAUGGCAAUCCAUAGUGACAUUACAGUUGAUGUAAAAUAUGUUGGGGGUAUGUCAGCCAUUCUUAGUUUCAACAGUACGGUGGAUGCAACUAAUUUCCUGGAAAACAAGAAUAACCAGAAGGAUUCCUUCAAAUGGCUAAAAAUGGGGGGUGACACAAAUUUGGUAUUUCAAAGAAUUACGUGUGUCAGAAUCGUUGGGCUACCUCUAAAAUUUUGGUGCAACUCAAACAUCAAUGCCAUUGUGAGCAAUUUCGGAAAAGUCGUGGCCCCAUUUGAUGGCAUCAAAGACAGGAUUGAUCUUUCUUGUAUCAAGCUACGAAUUCUUACAUACAUGAAAAGAAAGCUCAAUGACGAAAUAAUUGUUCCGGUUAACGGAAGGCUAAUUUCAGUUGCAAUUGUAGAGUAUGAGGAAGAGCCAUGGAUUCCAUUCACUUUUGACUCCGAUGACCAGCCUUACGAACCAGAAUUGGAAGAAAUGGAGUCCGAUGUGGAUGGUUCAGACAGUGAUAAAGAUGUCGCCAACUCCAAUGUGGAAGGUUCAGACAGUGAUAAAGAUGUCGCCAACUCCGAUGUGGUCAUGGAUGAGGAGGAAGAAGGUGAAAUUAUCGAAACUGACAACAAGGCGGAAGACGAUAAUGUCGGCGGCAUGCCGGAAAACUCAAACGGAGAUAAACCGGCGGCUCUGCAAGUUAAAAUGGUUCCAUUAAAAUCCCCAGUGACCAACGCACCUACGAUUAUCGAGGAGUCAGAGCAUGUCACCACAUGUGAAAACCAAAUGGAUAGAGAAGAGGAAACGCCACCUGGGAAAAAUCAAGAAAUCAAUACAAUGGUAGUAAGUAAUGUCGGGUCAAACAAUUUAAUGGGAGAUAAUGAAAACAAUCAAACGGAUACGGUGGGGCCCAUAUUAUUUGAUAGUCUAAGUCCAACGUCACUAAUUAAUAAAUUAGCCCAAAUUGGUAGCUUUGCGCCAUUCCCUAAAAAUAAUAAAAUCCACACAUCUGGAAAUCUGGGUUCGAAAAUAAAGGAUAAUUACAGAUCAUCCAACAAAAGGAAAAGGGUCCGAUGCUCACUUUCCCCUCAAGCAAAUUCAUUCCCUCUUUUUCCACCUUUGACUGAUGAGAUUGAAACACAAAAUUUACAAUCGGAGAAACCCAACAAUGCCCCCAUCUCUGAUUGCAAUCCACAGGCUACAAAUACAAUCGCAUCAUGUCCCUUUGCAGCGGAAUCUGAGGUCACUGCAGCAGUUGGAAACCUAAUCGGUUUCAAUAUCGAGGCAAGAAACCUUGUACUCGGGGCAAUUCUAGGCAAUUCCGGUGAAAAUGUCGGUUUCCAAUGA